AUGUCUGGCCCUUACGAUCAGUACAACCAGGGUGGCUACGGUGGCGGCUACGGCCACAACCAGGGCUACCAGCAGCAGCAGGGUGGUUACCCCCAACAGGGUGGCUACAACCAGGGUUACGGACAGCAGCAGCAGGGCUACGGCCAGGACUACAACCGUGGCGGAAGCUCCAACGACUACUAUGGUGGUAGCAGCGGCAGCAGCUCCAACGACUACUACGGCGGCCAGCAGCAGCAGCAGCACGGCCAGCAGUAUGGUCAGCAGUCUCACGGCCAGUACGGCGGUCAGGAAUCCUACAACCAGUACGGAGGUGACCAGCAACAGGCUCCCGGCGGUGCCCAGGAGGGCGAGCGUGGACUUGGUGGAGCUCUUGCCGGUGGUGUUGCCGGUGGCUUCGCCGGUCACAAGGCUGACCACGGUUUCCUCGGAACCAUUGGUGGUGCCAUCAUCGGUAGCAUCGCGGAAGAUGCCAUGAAGAAGCACAAGAACAAGAACGAGCAGCAGGGCCCCCCUGAAUACGGCAGCGGAUACGGUGGUUCCCAGGGUCCUCCCCCCUCCAACCAGGGCGGUAUGAUGGACCAGCUGGGUGGCUUCUUCAACAAGCGGUAA